UUCAAGAUUCCUGUACAAACCUGGUCCCUUUACAAAAAGUGGUCUACAGAGCCCUGGAAGAACUGGAGAAGAGACUUGACAUGGUGGUUCUGGGUUUACUGUUCAGUGAUGAAAACAUGAAGGCAUACCCUGAUUUGGAACUCAUUCUCAAAAGCUUUGGAAAUGUCUCACAGAACACAUUCUGUUCCCAAAGAAGUGACAGAGGAGACCCGAACUCCCAGCUAAGUCUUGAACAAGGACCUGGUAACAGCUGUUCUCAAGGAAGCCUGCCCUGGUCACCCUCGGGUCCAUCCUCAUCUGAUGGUUGGAGAAUUAAUGAUAGAAGAAAUACCAACCACAUCCAGGAAAACCAAACUGAGGAUCAUCAAUCCUCCAGCCUCCAGAUUCACAAUGUUAGGAGUUUAUGUGAAAAUGGACUCUCAGAAGACCUCCUUGAAACAGUACAGAUUAACCCAUUGAGAAGAGACACCACUGGUGACAACACUGAUGAACUGGAAAGGGACCAAGCAACCCCAGAUGCUGAGCCAGAGGAUAUAAAGCAGGAAAAUUCAUCAUUUGUCUCGGGUCGUGAAGAGACUGAAGCAAGCACCAGCCACAAUCAGGCAUCUGAGGUCAUAGUCCUCAGCAGCGAGGAUUCUCAUGAUGGAAACAACCACUCGGGAGAAUCCACCCCAGUCAUCUGCCAGUCAAGUCCGAGAAAUCCCAGACAACACAAUGUGGACUUUAGCAGUCCUGAGCUUCCGGUGACCUGUGGUACUGCUAAGGGGAUUCUGCAUAAGAAGAAAUUUGAGCAAGGCAUCCAUAUUAAGAGUAUACGGAGUGAGACUGGAGGUUGGCUUACUCCCAUGAAGUUUGAAAUCAAAGGAGACCGUGGAGGUUCCAAGAACUGGAGGCAGAGCAUACGUUGCUGUGGAGAGCCCCUGAAAAAGCUGAUAGAGGAAGGAAAACUACCAAAUCCACCAAGGAAAAGGGGAAAGAAGCAAAACCCACCAAAUCCACGGCGGCGAACAAAGAAAAAGCCGGAUAUUUCAAAACAGUGUAAAGUGUGUGGCCAAGGACGGAGGUUGCACGAAUGUGCUAUGUGUAAAAAAUUCUAUCAUAAGAGAUGUCACAUCCCACCUGAGGAAGUCAAGAGUGGCCUGUGGAGUUGCAUCUUCUGCAAGACAAAGGAUCAGUUAAGUUACCAAGAAAAUCAAGCACGUCAUAAGGAAUCUGAGGUCCUGAGGAGGAAGAUGUUGCCUGAGGAGCAGCAGAAAUGUGAGCUGCUUCUCUUGACUAUCUACUGCCAUCCAAAAAGUAGAUUUUUUAUCUCCAAACCAAAGAAAAGGAAAGAGAACUUUCCAGACAUUCAGGAGCACAUGUGGUUGAACAAAAUCAAGUACAGGCUGAAUAGGAAGACAUACCUUUCGGUACAACAUUUCGUGAAGGACAUGCGUCUCAUCUUUUGGAACCACAGGAUAAUUUAUAACAACUGCAAGUUCAGCAAUCUUGGAGUUACAGUAAGAAGUCUAUUUGAGAAGACUUUCAAAAGAAUUUUUUCAAUCGAAGAAACAAGCAACUAACUCCAACCUUGUACCCACAGUGUUUUGUUAACAUAGGCCUUUCUAUUCUCUCCACUACCCAUGCUUCCAGCAGUCAACAGUACAACGUUCACUCUGCCCUUCUGUGUAAACACUGUGCCACACGACUGCUUCUGACUCUGUAUUGCCCUUCCUAUUCAAUUAUCUUCCUAGAUAAAAUUUAACAUUUGCAAUGUACAUCACAGUAGUGAAUUGUCAGGUGCUGAGGGAGCCCACUGAGAACAUGACUUUGGAAGCAGGAUUGUACCCCUUCCACAUUUUAAACCCAAGUAUGUUUGUCUCCAAAUGUCCACCAAAGCAUCUUUUCUAAGAAUGCCCUGGCCCCUCUAAUCCAGUGGCUGGACAGAGAAACCAGCAAAACAGGCCAAGAGUGGAAACACUCUCCGUAGGAACAGCUAGAAGGUGAACUAUUUCUAACAGAUAUUACACUCGUUUAUCCUGUUUAUUCUUCAACCUGGAAGCCUCACCAGAUGCUAACUCUGCUCUGCCCUGGAUUUCCGAGAGCUCUGGCACCCCCUCCCUCCACCUCUACAGGACUUCCCCAGUCAAUGCCCCGUGGAUAUUUUAAGCACAUAAUUAACAAUGUUUUGUUGUUUUUAUAUUUACUCUUUUACUUUGGCUUGUUACAUACUUAAUAAACACACUCAUUCAAAACUGAAA